GAGAGACAGGCGGGGACUGAGAGACAGGCGGGGGCUGAGAGACAGGCGGGGACGGAGCAUCACAGCAGUCAGCUCGUUGGAAAAUCGCCUCUUAAAGACUCAAACGUUCACUGUCACGUUUCGGUGGAGGUGAGCUGUGUGCUACCUGAGAGUCCAAACUGAAGGGAGCGUUUCAGCGCGGAGGUGAAGCCUGCAGGUCGUUCUGCUCUUUUAUUCUGUACAUGCAGAGGUAUGUUCACAUUCAACAUCUCACCUCGGUGUUCAUUCAUUCAAAAUAUGAGCUACUUUAAGUGACAGUAAACUCAAACUUAACUUCACUUUGUGGUGUCUUUGUUGUUUUAUGAAGGGGCAGAGGGAGUGUGGCUCUUUGGGGAUCUUAAACACUUUGUGCGGGUCUUACGGGCAGGUUAAAGCGUGAAAAAGUUUUAGAUGCAUAAAAUACCUAAAUCAGCCUGAAUGUUAGAGUGGACACAAUGAAGAGGAUUAAAUUGCAGAAUGUUUGUUGGAGUGAAUGUGGCUUUUAUGUUUGGUGAUGUGGCUGCGUGAUUAUGACGACCUGAGGCUAAUUUGGGCUGCGGACUCUUUGAAUGUAUUAUGUUGCGUUCAAAGACCCAUCUGGAUGCUCAAGGCGAACAACACAUUAGAUUUUAUCUUAUUUUAGGACUGGUCACUUAUUGUUUCAGUUUGCAGUAUAUUGCUGGGUUUUCACACAGUGGAGGAAAGAGUUCAAUACUUUAUUUUGGGCAGAAAGGCAUUUCAAUACUGCUAUUAACAACACAACUGUAAUGAAGAUCAGGUGAUAUGACUGAAAGCUCCACAGUAGCUGCUUAAUGGACCAUGUGCUGAGAUUGUUUACUUCCAAACUGCUGUGUCCAAGGUCAAGAAGUCCGAGUCCUCCAACCGAGGAGUGUGAUUGUUAGUCUACUGAUGUGUUUGGAUCUUGACUGUAGGAAUCAGAGGUUUCAUUUUCCAUGUAAAUGAAAACAAGAAGUAAUCAGAUGGAGAUCCAGCUGGGAGUCUUUGGUCUGCUCUUCAUGAUUUAUGCUGUGUUUUAUUAAAGCCCAACUGCUGCCUUGUUUCUUCUUCUUGUCUUUUUCCUGUUCACACUGUACUGAAAAUCUGCCUUGUGCUGACAUGUUGACAAUAAAACAGUUGGUCCUUGAGCUCGCCAUGGUAACGGAGGGUGAAAAUGAAGCCGAAUGAGUGCGUUAAAACCGUACAGUCAGUGUCACCACAGGCUGUUUCUCAGCUUGACAGCAGCUGGACACAUGGAGAGACAGAAAAGGUUGACGUCUGAUUGAGUCACAGAGGUUUGAAAGGCUGAACGUCGGCCACCACACGUCUAUCGAUUCAGCUCAGAGACCGUCCUCUGUUCAGUGUAAUUAGAUCUGACGGGGACAAAGAGGACCAGCCAGACGCAGCAGAAAGACAAGACUGAGACUGUGGACAUCUUUAUUCACAAAGCAGACAAAGUGUAUGUUGUGUAAAAGGCACAGCCAUUUGUUUGUGUAUUAUUCACAUUGGAAAUGUUAAAACUGCACUUCCUCCCACUGCACCUUAGGUUCAAUGCUCUUUCACCUCAUCGAUUCAGGUGUAAUCACAAAGUACAGAAACAGCAUUUGUUAACAGAUUCCAUUAAUGAUUAACACCGUCGUUGAGGUUUGACAUUCCUCUGAUAUUUUGGUGACUGCUGAGGUCUUGGAUGAAGCUUUCUGAUUCUGAAUAACAGUUAAGUCACUUUGUAUGACAUUUUCUAUGUAAACAUCAUUACAUUGUAUCUGUGUGUAUAUUGACUCAUGAAAGUGGAAUAUUUGCUUAAUUGGGUGUAGACUAAAGUAUCCUAUUCAAGCGCUGGUGACGUAUUUGAGUCUUUGUUAAGCUCUGUCCACAGCAGACCUUUCUCAGACUCUACCUGUUUGCCCAUCUGAACAGGUGCUGUCAGAAUCCCAGAACAGCUCAAACUGAACUCUCUCCCAGUGCCCAUGGCCGCCAACUUCACCCCUCAGGGUUGCGGCCCUAACGUGGACUCACUCUAUUACAACCUGUGUGACCUCAGCGUCGUUUGGGGUAUCGUGCUGGAGGCCUUCGCGGCGGCUGGCAUCGUCUUCUCCUUUGUGCUUUUCAUCUCAGUGUUAGCCAGCGUGCCCUUCACACAAAGCAAGAACCGCAAGAGCUCAGUGGCCCUCCACGCCUGCUUCUUGGUCUGCACCACCGGCCUCUUCUGCCUGACCUUCGCCUUCAUCGUGGGAAAGGACUUCUCCACCUGUGCUUCACGGAGGUUCCUCUUCGGGGUGCUGUUUGGCGGCUGCUUCGCUUGCCUCCUGAUGCAGUGUGUGAGGCUGAACAUCCUCGUCAGGCGUAACAGCGGACCCCGGGCUUGGGUCUUAUGUCUGGCGGCGGUGGGGCUGUGGCUCGUGGAGGUGGUCAUCAACACAGAGUGGCUGAUCAUCACAGUCGUGCGCCACCCACAAGGGCCACUCAAUGCCACCGCAGAAGUCAGCAGGGCCACCUCUACUCCUUGCAACAUCGCCAAUGAGGACUUUGUCAUGGCACUGAUCUACGUGAUGACCCUGAUCCUGGCUGUGGUGGUUGCAAGUCUGGCCAUCAUGGCAGGAAAACACAAACAGUGGAAGAUGGAAGGCGCCUGGAUCCUUGUAACCAGCUUGUUCUCUGUGGGUAUUUGGGUGGCAUGGAUCGUCAUGUAUGUCUAUGGGAACGAGAAGCAUGGAGGGCCUACAUGGGAUGACCCCACCUUGGCCAUCGCCUUGGUGGCGAACGCAUGGGUGUUCCUCAUCCUCUACACCAUUCCUCAAGUCUGCUCUUUGACCAGUGAUGAUGAAAGCCAGCAAGGUUUUGGGGAAGAUCUAUACCCGAAUCUAGGAGUCGGUUACGAGACGAUCCUGAAGGAACAGAGCUCCCAGAACAUGUUCAUGGAAAACAAGGCCUUCUCUAUGGACGAACCCAACCAAGGAUCCAAGCCGGUGUCUCCAUACAGCGGAUACACCGGUCAGCUGCGCAGUUCAGUCUACCAGCCCACCGAGCUGGCUCUCAUCAGCAAAGCCGUGGGAAACCACCCGCCGGACUCCUUUGACAUGGUCAUUCCCAGAGCUUCCACCAACUCUGCAGCCAACAGCGGGAGCAGCACCCCCUCCACACACACCGAGAUCGGGAACAGUGCACACACUCAGACAAACGGAAAUAGCGUAGGGGAACGGUCCACAUAGGACGUCCCGGUGGUGACCACACUGAGGCUCCCAGCACCCAGCCACAAUGACUUCAGUUCGCGUCUUGUCAUUCGCACCCGCUGACUGUAUGUUUGCUGUUACGGUUCCCUAAGCUGGUUCUAAGAGGAACCCUCAGUUCUGACAUGUGGGGGCUGGGUCAUCACCCCUCAUGGAAAACAGCCAAACCUUCUUUUGACUGAAUUCCCUUGUGCCAUUGGGUAUCAGACAGCACAGAGCUUCAUCUGGAGGUCAAAGCGAGGGGAUGAAGCUACGGCUUUGCUGCAGAACAAAGACUUUUUGCAGUGAGUGUUGUUUCACUGUGGGCUCCCUGCUGGACCCAAUCACACAGAUGAAGAGUGACGGUGCUGAUGGCGCAAAAACUGUCUGAAGAGAAUAGUGAAACCAAAGGUUGGGGCUGACUUUGGCCCGGUAUGAUAUUCACAUGUACACACACCAAACAGACACCAGUGAACAUCCCUCACUCAGUUUGGCAUGAAGGCGACACAGGCUGGAAAAAACACCUAGAGGGACUGCAUUCACUUAUAUUAAUAAAUAUUAUGCACAGUUGGGUUUAAUUACAUGAGUAGGUAUGUAUUUUUGUGCCUGGAUUGUGAAUACUGUUAAUGACCACACGCAAAGUGCACACGCAAAAUUAAGUAGUUGGUGUUGAAUUAAUGCAAAUGCGUUGUUGACGUGUCAGUGGCUCCUCGCUGCAUGAAAACUUUGUAUGAAUAUGUGUAUUUAAUGCUAUUUAUAAUAGGGAUAGAUUCAUUUAAAAAUGUGCUGCUUCGGCUCUGAUGCGGCGUCCUCCCUGUCUGUGGACACAUCUCUGUGGUCUCACUCGGUGUCCCGCCCACGACACAAUCUGAUUGGACCAGAGAGACGGAACGUCAGCUGCUCAUAACGACGUCAUCUUCAUUUAUUCACAUGUUCUGAUUGCCCAGAUCGCCGCCACUGUGUGAUUCAUGUACAGCAAAUAAAGAUUCACUUGUGAUGUUA